AUGGCAACCACGGUAGGCACAGGAACCUCGGGGGCUUUCGCUCUUGCACUGUCAAACUUCAAAGACAAUCUGCCUCGAGAAGAAAUUCAAGCCUUUACCGGCUCAACAUUGGAAGAUAUUCGUAAAGAAGCGAGCGCAAUACAGGCUAUGCAGGAAAAGAAGGGAAUGUUGCGAAACAUGAGAAGAAUCCAACCGUUGAUUAAUGGCCUUACGCAAUUUUCGGGUGUCAUUGAAGUAUUUGUACAAGCUAAGCCUGAGGUUUUGGCAUUCAUAUGGGGUCCGAUGAAAUUCCUGCUUCAAGUUGCAAGCUCGUAUACGCUGGCUUACGAUAAGCUUCUAAACGCUUUCGAAAAACUAGGGGAAAACCUUAAUAGAUUCCAAGUAUUCGAACAAACGUUUCACGAUGUUCCUCGAAUGCAAGAAGUCAUUGUAAUAAUAUACGAGGAUAUUUUGGGAUUCUAUCAAGUCAUAUUAAGUUACUUCCGAGGAAAAUAUUGGCGAAAUCUGUUCAGAUCCGUGUGGAGUACUUUUGAUGAGAGGUUUGGAAAGAUAUUGUCUGAUCUUGAUCAGCACAAAGCGCUGGUCGACAGCGAAGCUACAGCAACCAACAUAGCCGAAGCACGUGCCGCCCGUCAAGCAGCGCAGAUAGCGGAAGAAACAGCAAGAACUCAUAGAGACAAACAAAACAUACUGCAAAUCCGGGAAUGGUUGCAUCCUGUAAACUACGACGCCUUUCUCGCAAAGCUAGGAAGUCCCUAUAGGACAACUGGACUUUGGUUCGUUCAGGAGGACAGUGUACAAGCAUGGUUAGAUAUGACAGACAAAUCAAAUAGAUUAUUGUGGUUAACUGGUAUUCCUGGAGCCGGCAAGACAUUCUUAUCAGCUUCGUUCUUAAGACAUACGCAAUCGAUUUACGAUAAAAAUGUGCCUAUAGCUUAUUCUUUUCUCAGCCAUGAUAAUGAUAACACAUCCGCAAUGAUAUUGCGAACACUCAUCUCUCAACUACUACACCACAAUCUCCAGCCAUUAACGUACUUUGAUGAGAUACGUGAAUCGAAAACCCACCCUCCAAGCUCGCAGGAAGAGGUUCAAGAAAUGUUCAAAUUUAUACUUGGGGAUAUUGGUGUUUCUUACCUUUUUAUAGAUGGUUUAGACGAAAUUGACAUCGAAGAGAGAAAAAUGGUACUCGAUACGCUAUGCUCUCUCUUGGUCGAAGCAGAACAUCUUAAAAUAUUUCUCAGUAGCAGAGCUGAGGUGGAUAUAUCAAGAUCCUUGACAAAGGUUGAAGUUGUUGGGCACGUUCAUCGCGUUGAUCUAGCGGGGAAAAACCAGCAAGAUAUCAAAACAUAUAUUACAGAAGAGGGCAAAGGAGUCUUCGAGAAAUUCACGAGCUUGGACGAAGAUACAAGACAACAGGUUCAAGGUAUUCUUGAUCGAGUGUGCGACAGGGCUGAAGGUAUGUUUCUAUGGGCUCGCUUGGUCAUCUAUGACCUGAAAAGCCAGAUUGAUAUGGAGGGACUUGAAGACGCGGUCCACAAUUUACCAGUUGGGCUCGAUGCGGCGUUAGUAUUGGCACAUCUUCGAAAACCGUUCCGCGUCUAG